CUAAGCUCGCUGCGCGCCCGAGCGUUGUCGGAUAAACGGGUUUCCCAGCAGGCACCGCCACAUGACAUGAUGAUGAUGAAGAUGAAGGUGGGCACGCUGAACAAAAUGUGGACGGAAGAAAUGUAACUAACGCGUUCGUACGACCCUCUGCGUUCACAGCUACGACGCAGUCAGCUCUUUAUACCCGCGACCCAGCAGCGUCCUUCCGCUCCAUUUGUUAGCGGCUCUCCGGAGGACCACCGCCCGACCCGCGCCUGAACGAGCACUUAACGCAACGCUACAGUAUGGAGCGUUUUGCCGUCUCGUGUUUUAUUGCCACCGUGCUGUGCGUUGUCAACUUGGCCCCUUUAAUUACCCUCGAAGAGGAGCGUCAGUUUAAAGAAUGGAUGACAGAGCACAGCAGAGAUUACAGCCCGGCGGAGUACUACCAACGGCUGCAGAUAUUCGUUGAGAACAAAAGGAGGAUUGAUGAACAUAAUGCUGGGAAUCGCUCCUACACACAGGGGCUGAACCACUUCUCAGACAUGACAUUUGAGGAAUUCAGGAAUAUCUACCUUAUGAGACAGCCACAGAACUGCUCAGCUACUAAAGGUAAUCAUGUGAGCAGAAAUGGACUUUACCCAGAGUCUGUGGACUGGAGAAAGAGGGGCAACUUUGUGUCUCCUGUGAAGAACCAGGGUCACUGUGGAAGCUGCUGGACCUUCUCCACCACUGGCUGUGUAGAGUCUGUCACUGCUAUCUUCACUGGGAAGUUAUUACUUCUGGCUGAGCAGCAACUAAUAGACUGCGCCCAAGACUUUAACAACCAUGGAUGCAUGGGUGGGCUACCGAGCCAGGCUUUCGAGUACAUCAAAUACAACAAUGGGCUGAUGACAGAGGAUGACUACCCCUACAAAGGCCAAGAUGACACUUGCCAUUUCAAGCCUGAGCUGGCAGCUGCUUUUGUGAAAGAUGUUGUCAACAUAACAAGUUAUGAUGAAAAGGGCAUGGUUGAUGCUGUGGCAAGGCUCAACCCUGUAAGCUUUGGCUAUGAGGUUACAGAUGAUUUUGUGCACUACAAAGGAGGUGUUUAUACUAGUGGCCAGUGCAAGAACACUACAGAAACAGUGAACCAUGCUGUCCUUGCUGUAGGCUACGGUGUUGAAGGGAAUGGUAUUCCAUACUGGAUCGUGAAAAACUCUUGGGGCACAGACUGGGGAAUGGAUGGAUAUUUUUUAAUUGAGCGAGGAAAGAACAUGUGUGGACUGGCUGCAUGCUCCUCCUACCCUCUGCCUUUGGUUUGAGUAACAACAUGAAAACUACAGAGGAAUAGACUGACCAAUCACAGUUAUUUGAUUGGAUUUGCCCUCAUAGAAGACAAAACUGUGUGACACAACAAUGAAAUGGCAGUAUUUUCAGCAGUUUUUUUAAAUUUUUUUAUUUAAGUGUUUUAAUGUUGAGUAUGUGUUUUUAUAAUACUUCAUACUUCUCAGUAUUGGCAUAGCCCAAUACCUACUGAGACUAAUUCUGGAAGGUUUUUGUUUUGUUUUUCAUUAAAUGAUUUAUCUAACCAUGAAGAAAUUAGAAUAUUUAGAGCCGUGUAGUAUAUCAAAUGUUAAUAAACAUACGUCUGAAAGUUUUUUGCUCCAAGAUAUGAGCAUACAGGACUUGUGAUCUAUUGCCACAGACCCCGACUAAUUUUAGUUUUAAUCGGUAGGAAACUGUUUUUGAUUAGAAAGUUUGAUCAAACUGGACUUUUUGAUUCAGUAACUUUUUCAACAUAGUAUUUCAUUGACCCUCACUUUGUAAUUUAUGCUUUUAAAGUUUUGAAUGCAAAAAUGAAAAAAGUAAGUAAAAUAAAAUGUAAUUAUGAAACACAAUUAGCAUUUAAUUAAUUUGGGAUCACAAUUUGUGCAUCAGUUUGAAUAUUUUAAUGUUUUAUAAUAGUCUGCAGCAGUAUGAUGAAAAAAACAUUUUAAAGUUUGUCUUUUUUUAAUAAAAAUCUGUCUGA